UGUCUGGGCGGAACGACGCAGGGACGACGAGCGCAGAGAGAUAAACCCACUCUGAGAGCUCCAGGGUAGGGAUAAAGAUAGUGAAACCCACCGUCCCGCUUUCACCGAGUUCAUAUAUUUCAUCAUUUCAUCAAAGAGAGGGAGGCCAGCCAAGGAUGAACGGCGACUCAGGUGCCGGCGUGGUGACGGCGCCCCCUCCCACCACAGCCCCCCACAAGGAGCGGUACUUCGACCGGGUGGAUGAGAGCAGCCCGGAGUACCAGAGGGAGAGAAACAUGGCACCCGACCUGCGGCAGGAUUUCAACAUGAUGGAGCAGAGGAAGAGGGUGUCCAUGAUACUACAGAGCCCGGCAUUCUGCGAUGAGCUGGAGACAAUGAUCCAGGAUCAGCUGAAGAAGGGGAAGACGCCCACUAGCCUGCUGGCUCUGCAGCAGAUCGCAGACUUCAUGACCACCAGCAUGCCCUCCAUGUAUCCCGCUGCACCACAGGGAGGCAUGGCAGCACUCAACAUGAGUUUGGGUAUGGUGACUCCAGUGAAUGAUCUGCGUGGCUCAGACUCGAUUUCCUACGACAAGGGCGAGAAGCUGCUUCGCUGCAAGCUGGCUGCCUUCUAUCGGCUCGCUGACUUGUUCGGCUGGUCGGAGCUCAUCUACAACCACCUGACAGUCAGGGUGAACUCGGAUCAGGAGCGCUUCCUAAUUGUCCCUUUUGGGCUCCUGUACAGUGAAGUGACCGCCUCCAGUCUGGUGAAGAUAAACCUUCAAGGUGAGAUAGUCGACCGGGGCAGCACCAAUCUUGGGGUCAACCAGGCCGGCUUCACCCUCCACUCCGCCAUCUACGCUGCACGGCCCGAUGUCAAGUCUAUCGUACAUGUACACACACCUGCGGGUGCAGCGGUGUCAGCCAUGAAAUGCGGCCUGUUGCCCAUCUCACCUGAGGCACUGUCACUGGGUGAGGUGACCUAUCAUGACUACCAUGGCAUAGUGGUGGAUGAGGGAGAAACUGCUCUGAUACAGAGGAACCUCGGGCCAAACAGCAAGGUGCUCAUCCUGAGGAAUCAUGGCUUGGUGUCUGUAGGCGAAACAGUGGAGGAAGCUUUCUAUUACAUCCACAAUCUGGUCACUGCCUGUGAGAUCCAGGUGCGAACACUGGCCAGCGCUGGAGGGCCAGAUAAUCUGGUGAUGCUGGACCCAUCGAAAUACAAGUCACGCCCGCGGGUCCCGGAGCCAGCUGGCGACGGGUCCUCCACACACCCUAAGUGGCAAAUCGGGGAGCAGGAGUUUGAGGCACUCAUGAGAAUGCUCGAUAACUUGGGCUACAGGACGGGCUACCCUUACCGCUGCCCGGCAUUGCGAGACAAAGCUAAAAAGUACAGUGACGUGGAGAUCCCUCCCUCUGCCCACGGUGGUUACUCAUACGGGGAGGACAGUGACUCAGGUGCUCGCUCCCCACUGAAACAGAGCUUCCAGCGCGGCCAGCGUGACAAGACCCGCUGGCUCAAUGCCGGCGGCCGGCCCGACGAGCCUUACGAGGACGGGCCCGACGGCAGCAGCCCCAAGUCGAAGCCUAAGUGGACAAAGGAGGAAGGACUCCGCCAGGCUGCUGCAGCCAAUCAGUUCAUCCCAUUGAACACCAACCCAAAAGAAGUCCUGGAGAUGAGGAAUAAGAUCCGGGAGCAGAACCUGCAGGACAUAAAGACAGCAGGGCCCCAGUCACAGGUUCUGUGUGCCAGCACCGUGGUGGAACGCACCUAUAACCAGGGGGAGCUAGUGACCGCGUCCAAGGCCAUCAUUGAAAAGGAGUACCAGCCCAAGGUUAUCGUCAGCAAGCAGGGUCCCAACCCCUUCACCAAACUCACCGACCAGGAGCUGGAGGAGUACUGCAAGGAGGUGGAGCAGAAACAGAAAGGCCCUGAAGUACAGCGACGAGAUGAUAAUGGGGAGGGAUCAACCUCCAGCAUGCCCCGUCCCGAGCCUGAAACGCUCCCGAGGGGUCAGGCAUCUGUCUCCACGCCUUUACAGUCUGCAACUGACUCACCCAGCUUAGAGAGAGCUCCACCUGCACCUCCCACACCUGCCACACCAGCCUCUGAGCCGGCCUCUUCCCCCCUCGCCCUCUCCAGUGAGGCUGAGCCAGCUCAGGGCGUUGCAGACUCUACAGAUGACGUUUUUUCGACCGCAGAAGAGGUUUUUUCAGCUCCAGAUUCCCCACACAAGGAGUUCCACUGCGCCGUGCUGCGAGCCCUCAGCAAGGAGUCGUCGGUAAAAGAGGCGGCUCAGGCAGAUCAGGCUCCAGACCUUGAGCAGCUAGUAGAGCCUGAGGAGGAGGAGCCCAAAAGCCAGAAACCCACCACCACGCCACCAAGCACCCCGGUCAGAGCAGAGGAAGAGUCCCUGCCAGAGCAAACCUAUAAGGAUGAGAGCGACGCAGCCACCCUGAGACAGACCCUUCCAGACUUAACACCUGACGACCCCUCCGACGCCCCAGCACUUCCUGCCGAAGACUCCGCCUCCGCCUCCGCCCCUGCAGCAGCAGACGCAGCCGAGGGGGAGGAACCCGCUGACGCUGGCGACCAGGAGGGAGAAGAGUCUCCCAGCAAAUCACCCUCCAAAAAGAAAAAGAAGUUCCGCACUCCCUCCUUCCUAAAGAAAAACAAAAAAAAGACAGAGUCCUAGAUCGGAGAAUGUUGGAUCGGUCCUCAAGGCUGGCCUUUGCCUCUUUUCAUUUUUUUGCUUUUUUUUUUUUUUUUUUUUUUGGUCUGCUAUCAUCGCACCCUUCGAGCAAGCCACAGUAACACACAGAUAUGCUUUUUUUGUUGUUGUUUUGAUAUCAUUUGUCGCCGGCUUAUUAACCUACUUUUCCUCGUUAGUGUGUGCCAAUUUUGUAUACAGUGUAAAAAUGAUUGCAUAAAGGUUUUUAACUAUUAGAGGCUUUUUAGUUGUGAGUGAGUGAUACAUUCUGUCCUGUCCACUCCAUCUGGCCUUUAAUGCAUGUCUGCUACUACAGGCCCACACUCAAUGUGAGGUUUUGGGGUGUUAUCGCCCUCAUUUUUUUUUUUUCUUUUUUCUUUUUUUUUU